AUGCCGCGUGUAGUGAAGCACAAUGUUCCGCUUGACGAUGACGAAGAGGAGCGCAUCGAGGAGUCGAGCACUAGUGAAGAGGAAGAAGAUGUAAUAGAGGAAGAAGAAAGUGGUGACGAAGAGGAAGAGGACGAUGCGCGGGAAGGUGCCAACGGAAGUGGCGAUGCUCGCGUAGGCAGCAAGGCAGGCAAAACAGCGCAAGUUACAGCACGGGCAUCGGAAACAGCGCAAGCUACCAGCGGUCGUCAACCUGGGGCGCCAGGGCGCCUCACAGUAUCUUUGAGCGGCAAAAAUGAGGUUUGCAAAGUGUGCGGCAAGCGGGGCCACAAGGCGGGGUUCGUGGGUGCCACCUACCUGGACUGCCCCAACAGGCCCUGCUACCUUUGUAAGGGGGUGGGGCACACAACCGCCACAUGCCCCUACCGGAUAGCGCCGGGGCACGGCUGUACGGCAGCGGCGACGGCGGGGGACACGGCGACCCGAGGGUCGGUCGGCGGUAGAGGCGGCUGCCUGGGGCCCGGCCGGAACCUUUGCACGGCCCUCCGAAGCCGCGAGUGCCUUGGCAGGUGCUGCGCACUGGAGUUCCACCCUCACAACGACAGCAUUGUGGUGAGUGGCGACAAGAAGGGCGCUCUGGCCGUCUGGAACUUCGACCAGGUUCAUGACCGUACAGUGUACGACACCGUACAUUCCUGUCUUACGAACUCCAUCCGCUUCCUGCCCUGGCUGGACUCCAUGUCCGUGGUGACGGCCUCCUCGGACGGCACCUCCAAGCUGGUGGACUUGGAGACGGGCGACUGGAGGCCGCUGCUGGACCUCAACCCUGGGGGCUGGGUGCAGGGGGGGCCCUGGCACAUGAUCUACGGCUGCGAUGCCAGCCCCGCCCUGGGUGUCGUGCUGCUGCACCGCAAGGGCAACAAGGUCGUCUCCGUCCACAUGCACCCGCUGCACCCGCCGCUCGUACUAACCGCCGGCAACGACCACUCCGCGAGGAUAUUCGACAUCCGGGAGCUAUCCUCGGCGCCGUCAGCGGCGGCGGCGGUGGCAGGCACGCCGCCGCAGCCUCCGGCGGCGGCGGCUGCAGCCGCUGCUGCAGCGGCCCGUAUCGCCGUUGCGGGCGGCAUUCUGUCUGCGUCACCGGCGGCGGCGGCGGCGGCAGGGCGUGGCGGCGGCAACGGAGGAGGACGCGGCGGCGGCGGCGGAGGCGGUGCCACCGCUGGCAGCAGCAAGAAGAAGGGCGGCUCUCCGACCAUGUGCAGUGGCAGCGGUCCGGGUGCCCAUGCCGAGCUGGUGGUGAUGCCGCACCCCCGGGUGGUCAACUCGGCGUACUUCAGCCCGCACACUGGCCGCCGUAUCCUAACGACCUGCCAGGAUAACCGUCUGCGGGUGUGGGACUACGCGCCGUACGGCUGCAACGGUCCUGCCGACCGAGAGAUCGUACACUCGCACGAUUUCAACCGCUACCUGACGCCGUUUCGCGGGGAGUGGGACCCCAAGGACCUCACGGAGUCCGUGUUCGUGGUGGGCAGGUACAUUUCAGAGGACUUCGGCGGUGUCGCCCUGCACCCAGUGGAUGUGUUGUCGGCCAGCGACGGGGGGCUGCUGAGACAGCUGACAGACGCCAACCUGACAACAAUAUCGCCAGUAAAUAAGGCCCACCCGAGAAG